AUGUUCGUGAACGCCGACAACCAGUCGUGCCAGCAGCAGGAAGUACGCGGCGCCGGCAUCGGUCGACUGAUUGCCGGGAACGAAGUUGACGUCGCCGUGCUGCAGGAGAUGUGGGGUGCCGCGAUGGCCCAGGUCGAGGCCCCCAUCGCUGGGACUCACGAGGUGCUCCAGUACUGCAAAGCGUGGGGGAUGGGUAGCCUUGUGGACGCUGCUGUGCAGUACAUCAACCGCCGGGGUGGCCUGUGGAUGGCUUACAGGAAGACAAGCGUGGACAUUCCCCAUGCAGACGCAGAGACUUCUCGUCGAGAAGGUUGCGGGGGGCAUUUCAAGCCCACGCCUGUCGGGAUUGUUUCGUCCAUGUGGAUGACGUACUCGUUCAGUAAUACCAAGUCAAAGAAGGGUGCGAAUGCCGUGUGUUUCGACGUCCUCCAGAAUGACCUUUCGAAACGUCUGGUCGUCAUCAACACCCACUUCGAUCCGAUGAACACAAACUCCGCGAUCGAGCGGCAGUCUGCUGAGCUUGCCACAUUCAUCAGCAAGGUGCUGCAGAACCCCAAAUUCGUCGACCCGUCGGUUGGUGCUGCCAGAACUUCGGUCUUGUUGGUUGGUGAUCUCAACACCGAGGUCAACGGGAGCGAUCCGUUGGCAGCUGCCGUCCGCGAGCGUCUCGGAACCGCCACCCCUCCGAACGGGAUCACGGGUGCAGUUUCUGGUCUUUUGGCCGGGGGGAAGGUCCGAGACCGUGCUUCUCGGGACCUUUAUGGCGAGUUUUGCCGCACUUCUGGCUCUCGGCCAGGUGCCACAUACACAAGUCGCGAGAAUGGCUUGGUGAUGUGGGAUUCGCAUGUUCGAAUUGACUGGCAACUGGCGAUUGACCGCUGGGACAACGUGGAUUUCGCCCAUGUCAAUUGCAAGAAUGCCUCGCUUGUCACACAGCCCCGCGGCAGCGAACUGAGCGACCACUGGGGAAUCCAGCUGGACCUUUCCAUUUGA